UGGGCUCCGAUGUGUCCUCCAGGGAACUCUUUCGUCGUUUCCCUGGCUCCGUCCCUCACCGUUUUUCCCUAGUAAUUCUUUUCCAUUUCCCCUGCCCUCGCUCUCCACUCUCCUCCUCCUCUCCCUCCUCUGCCGCUGUUUCUCCUGCUGCCUCCUGCGUGCUUCAUCUCUCCUCACUUCUCAGAGCUUUCUGAGCUGGCUUGGUUCGCUCCCCCUCAUCCCUCUUCCCUCCCCAUCAUCAUCAUCCCCAUCGCCAGAUGAAUUGAUGAUCUCCCGUAUCGACUGGGUCUCGAUUUUCCGUUUCCUUGCCGCCUCCCGUCCGUCUCGUUCAAACUCAACUUUUACCGCCAUUUCGCGACCUGCUGAGUCCAUCCGCGCCCGAGCCCAACCCAAACUCCCAACGACGUUCAUGCUGGCAGCACCCCCCAUCUCUUCCGCACCACCCCUCCCUUGACGAUGAUGAUGGAUUUCCAGAAACACCAUCCGCAUCAUCCAUAUCACCCGCACCCGUCCCUGGUGGGCGUCGUGGCUCAUGAUCCUCGGGUUGCGCCCCCCGCGCCGCCAGCUCGCGCCUACGGGCCACCACGUCCUCCAUCGCCGCGGACAUUCUACGAUGCCUUUCAUCGCCGCGAGCCCGAAAUGCCUAGAUCCGGUGUCACGCCGACCUACAGCUAUCCGACCCCCUCGUCGGCCCCUGCCUCCGUUCCCACCGUCUCGUACGCCCAUGAGAACGCCUAUGCGUCAUAUCGGACAGAUAACAACGGGUAUCACAUCGCGUCGGCGAACCAUGGCUCACUGAAGGAGCAAAAUCUUCCGGGGGGCCAUCUGGACUCUGAUAGCCGCCAGGACCCCCAUUAUAAUCCCAAUUACCCCAACAAACAGGAUCGUCGGAUGGUGUAUCGUGAAGCUCCCCUUUCCCCCUUUGCAUGCGACAUGAAUCCUCCCCCGUCGCAUGACCCAGGGCGUCGGAGGUCCUUGGGCAGCAGUGGCAGUCCCGCGUUUCCGGGUGUUCAAGAUCAACCACCCGCGGCGCCGCCGUUGGGGACGCGCCGCAUGCCUCCUCCUUCGCCCCCACAACAUUAUCCCUCCCGAGGCCAAACGGGAAAUGCCCCUUCGUUGUCCACUCCCUUCUUGUCGCGUGAGCCUCCCAGCAACCCGGCUCAUCAUCGUCCAGGGAGCAGCAUGUCGAUAUCAUCCAUGCUAGGCUCGGACGCUGACCGACCAGGCCGGGAUGUAGGCUCUUCUUCGUCCAUCUUUUCGCGUCUUCCAGUGUCUUCCGCCCCGUACGGAGCCACGCAUCCUCCUUCGGCCCCUGGCGCGAUGUCGCCGCCGACCGCGCCCGCGCGUCCGUCCCCGCUCGAGUAUCCGGGUUUCCGACGGUCCCAAACUCCCGAAAAGUCUUUUGCGAAGAACCAGCCCUCCCGCCCGUACCGAUCCGGCUCCGGCGGUGUGCCCCAGCCCAUUGCCGACCAAGCCAAAUUCGGAGGCCUGUCUCGCGUCCCGCCCCCGUCGCAGUAUCCCGAUAAGCCCAGCUCCACGCACCCGUCGCCCCAGAUUGCCUCUGCCGAAGCCCCGUAUAACGAACCCCGUCGCUUGAGCUUCAGCGGACCAGUCCCUCGUCCCAGCAGCCAGCCUCAACAUCUGGAACCCCCGGCGCGCACCACCGGCUACAGUCCCUUGUCCCGGCCCGUCGCCGUGGCCGGCGUCGGAGAGGGUCCAUUUGCUGCCACGCAUCAGCGAGCUGCAUCAUAUAUGGGACACGAACCUCAGCACGCCCGAUACGGAGGUCUGUAUGGGGAUCGACACGCGGAGGAACAGGCUCAUCGCGAUCGGGAACGAGCGAUCGCGCACGAAGCGGACACCAAGGCUGCAUCUCACCCUCCGUCCCGAUACGGCCCGCCUUAUGGGGACCGGGAGGCCGCCACCCAUCGGCCGCAGCAGUCUCCCUGGGAUUUGGCCCGCUCGCAGCCUCCGUCGCCCGAAACGAAGCGUUUUCCUGUUCCUGAGCCGGGUUCCGGUUUCGGAUUUGGCGCCAUCCAGAGCUAUACCAAGUCUCUGGGCUCCCAGCUCGGAGGGUCGCGACAGCCAGCGCUUUCCGUCCAUCCCCCUCAGAGCCAGCCACCCCCUCCCCCCUCGCACGAACAGCCGCCGUAUUUGAGCAAGCUCCAGACCGAAACCCGCGUCUUCCCGCCGACCUCAUCGGGUGGCCCGCCAUCAUUGAUUCACUCGGCGUCGUCGGAUGACCAGCGUCGCAAAGGCAGUGAUGAGCUCUUGGCGCAUCGAAAUCUUCUCGGAGUUGGAUUGGACUCGAAACGCGGGGGGCGCGCGUCACCCCUCCCCCAGGCCGUGCAGGGUGCCCAGGCUCAGAUCCUCGGCCCUGCAGGCGACUCGGGCAUCAAGAACGAAUUGGGCCGAGUGUUCUCCGGGAUUGGAAGUGGUGUCGGAGGUGUCACUGCCACCGCUGGUGGGAGUGGUCCGUCGACCCCCAUGGCCCCCAGCCCUUUCAAGCGCGACAGUGCGGCGGGUCGGUCCAGCAAUGGGGAGACGACCGCGGACGACAACAAGAUUGCUCGCCCGACCUCGGCCAAUGGGAAGCGGCAGAGAAAGUCGCGCGAUGAAGACAGUCGAGCGGAGAGUGAGGCAGCUGCCCUGGGGGCGGCCCGUGGCCGGCGCAGUCGGCAUCUCCAUCACCACCAUCAUCACCACCACCAUCACCGCCACAAGCCGGAGGAAGAAGCUGCUGCCGCUGCUGCUGCUGCCGCUGCUCUUGGGUCCAGUCGUCCCCUAUCCUCGGUGAAUUUCUUCCAUCGCACGGCCACCCCGGGAGAAGGCACCCCAUCCGCCACGGGCCCCGCUCUCGGACAUCAUCACCACCACCAUCAUCACCACCAUCACCAUGCUCCCCGACCGGCUGCAGCUGGCAGCAGUGCUUCGGCGGUGACUCCGAUGCGGGAGCCUCGCACGGUAGUUACUAUCGAGCCGCUUCUCAAGAGUGUCGCGCAUCUGCCCCGGCAUCACCUUGGUUCGACAUUGUAUGCGCCCCGGAUCGGCGCUCCCACGGAAAAGGCGACUCUGGAGAGUGCCAAGUUUGGAUACACCACCACACCGCUUCCCCUGCCUCGCUUUGAAGGCAAGGAAAACUGCACCUUUACCAUCCGCGUGCCCCGGUUCCGCAUCGAUACGGGCCACCGGGAGGAAAUCUGCGCCCGUCGCGCGCUCUGGGGCACGGGCGUGUACACGGACGACUCGGACCCGGUGGCCGCGGCAAUCCACUCCGGAUUUAUCCGCGGCGCGUGGGGCGAGGAUGUGGACGUGGAUCUGCUGGACCUGGAAAUCAAGGAGGCAUACCAGCAUGCCCCCCAAACCGCCCAGGACGUUGGCGCCGAGGAUGGCGAGCGACCCCGGGUGCCCCCGGUGCCCCCGACCGACAAGGACCUGCACAUUACGCUGCUGAUUUUGCCCCGUCUGGAACGCUACGAUUCCAGCGUGUUGUUUGGGCUGAAGUCCCGGGCCUGGGAAGGAUCGCACGACGGGAUGAGUUUUAAGGUGCAGCGCGUCGAAUGGGUUGACGAAGGGGUCGGCCGCGGGGAGGAGCGGAGCGGCGAGGCGCGACGCAAGCGACUGCGCAAUUUGAUGCAGACGGGACGGAUCUGCACGGGGCCGGGGGUGGUCAAGUUGGAUCAGCUGCGGAACGGGGUGCAGAUUCCGCGUCGCAAGCAGCUCGAGAUCCAGUCCUCUACCACCAUCCCAUCCCCCUCUCCACCUCCCUCUACCCCUCAACCCUAA